CAUCGACCCUCUGAUUCUCCUCCUUCCCAGAAGCAGCUUCUCGUCAGCCGGACACGUUUCUCCCUCACAGCCGGACAGGAUUGAGAUGUUCCAUUUCAGGUUCUCCACAGCCCUGAAGGAGUGUCUCCAAGCCGCCGUCAAACGUCCCUUCCCCCGCCGCACCGAGCAGAGCUGGUCCGCGGCGCCCGGGAGCCUUCGCCGCUUCGCUUCUGGACCCAGAGAUGCUGCCGCCGCUGCGGCCCUCCGCGCCGCCGCGCCCUUCGCCGCGCCGCGCCGCUCCUACUGCGUGAAAACAGAAGGAGCAGCAGCGGAGGAGCUGGAGGAGCAGCUGAAGAAGGAUGGAGGCGAAGGAGAAAAGAGGAGGCAUGCGGGGAUCCUUCCCAGUCUGGAGGACCUGCUCUUCUACACGGUGGCUGAAGGUCAGGAGAAAAUCCCUGCUCACAAGUUCAUGACGGCGCUGAAAGCCACCGGGCUGCGGAGCGGAGACCCCCGCCUGAAGGAGUGCAUGGAGAUGCUGAAGGAGUCGCUGAAGAAGACGCCCGACGGCGUCACGCUGGACCGCCACCUGUUCAAGAAGUGUGUCCAGAGCAACAUUGUCCUCCUCACUCAGGCCUUCCGCAAGAAGUUCGUCAUCCCCGACUUCCAGGCCUUCACCUCCCAUAUUGACCAGCUUUAUGAGAAAGCCAAAAAACUCUCCGGAGGACAGGUAGCAGACUACAUUCCUCAGCUGGCCAAGUUCAGCCCGGACCUGUGGGCCGUGUCUCUGUGCACCGUGGACGGACAGAGGCACACGGUGGGCGACACCAAGGUCCCCUUCUGCCUGCAGUCCUGCGUGAAGCCCCUGAAGUACGCCGUGGCCGUCCAUGACCACAGCACGGAGUACGUGCACAGCUUCAUCGGGAAGGAGCCCAGCGGCCUGCGCUUCAACAAGCUCUUCCUUGAUGAAGACGAUAAACCCCACAACCCCAUGGUGAACGCCGGCGCCAUCGUUUGCACGUCCCUCAUCAAGCAAACUGCCAGCAACGCCGAGAAGUUUGACUAUGUCAUGAACUAUCUGAAGAAGAUGGCAGGAGGCGAAUACGUUGGUUUCAGCAACGCCACAUUCCAGUCGGAGCGCGAGUCGGGGGAUCGGAACUUCGCCAUCGGCUACUACCUGAAGGAGAAAAAGUGUUUCCCUGAAGGAACCGACAUGACCUCCGUUCUGGACCUGUACUUCCAGCUGUGCGCCAUCGAGGUGACGUGUGAGAGCGCCAGCGUCAUGGCCGCCACCCUGGCCAACGGCGGCAUCUGUCCAAUCACAGGCGAGCGCGUUCUGAGCCCGGAGGCGGUGAGGAACACGCUGAGCCUCAUGCACUCCUGUGGGAUGUACGACUUCUCCGGACAGUUCGCCUUCCAUGUCGGACUGCCGGCCAAGUCCGGCGUGGCCGGAGGCAUCCUGCUGGUCGUCCCCAACGUUAUGGGAAUCAUGUGCUGGUCGCCUCCGCUGGACAAACUGGGCAACUCGGUCCGAGGGAUCCAGUUCUGCACGGACCUGGUGGAGCUCUUCAACUUCCACAACUACGACAACCUGAGACACUUCGCCAAGAAGCACGAUCCUCGCAAGGAGGGCGGAGACCAGCGGGUGAAGUCUGUGGUCAACCUGCUGUUUGCUGCCUACACAGGAGACGUUUCAGCCCUGAGGAGGUUCGCCCUGUCCUCCAUGGACAUGGAGCAGAGGGACUACGACUCCCGGACUGCGCUCCACGUGGCAGCAGCUGAAGGACAUUUGGAGGUGGUCCGCUUCCUUCUGGAGGCCUGCAAGGUGAAUCCAGUACCAAGAGACCGGUGGGGGAACACGCCGUUGGAGGAAGCUGUGCAGUUCGGCCACCAUGAUGUGGUCACUGUCCUGCAGCAGUACCAAGAGAAGUACACCCCCCCCGAGGGUUCUGACCACAAGAGCAGCAAUGAGAAAAACCUGGACAGCCUCCUGUAGAUCCGCUGGCCUCCCAUAGACCCACUGGUCUGCCGUAGACCCGCUGGGCCCCUGUAGACCCGCUGGCCUGCCGU